AUGCCCUGGCGGCCUCUGCCUCGAAUCGCUUUCGCUGUCGCCAUCUAUCCCUUCCAACCGUCAACGCCGGCCGAUUUACCCCUCGAACUAGGCGAUGAGUUGUAUAUAAUUGAGCAGGGUGGUGUCAAUGGAGAAUGGUGUCGCGGGUAUCUCGUCGCUCCGCCCUCGCUGCUGGCGGGCCUGACCAGCACCAAGGGCCAGACCCUCGAAGCGCGCGUGUUUUCGGGCAUUUUCCCCCGCAAUUGCGUCGAGAUCCGUGAGGUGUUGGGCGACGCAGAUGGACAACGAGGCUUGACGAACGGCGACCGCUCAAGCGCCGACCCGACAGAUGGCCAGCCCAGCCCCCGUUCACUGCUACAUAGCCCCGCGGCAUCGACGUCCCUUCCACACACCCCGGUGGCUGUGACUCCUCGGGAUCCCAACGCCCCUAAACCCGCAGCCCCUGUUCCGAUGCUCAAGAUCGGCGACGAGACUCCCACCUCUUCGUCCGAGCCUUUGGUCGACGAGAUCGCAUCGUGCCUCCGCGAAUGGCAUUCCACCAACCUCCAUCAGCUCUUGCUGAACCGACAGUACAGCGUCGUGGAGGAGAUGACCAACAUCGUCCGCGAACUCGAUUUUGCCCGACGGCAGCUGUUAUAUAAUGUGCUCACGGCGCAGGAGAAAGAGGCGCUGCGGCGUGAGGUGGUCUGGAAGCUGGUUCGGGGGAAUAAAAUGCUAGGCGCGGAUAUUAUUGUUCGAGAUCCCGACCAACGGGGCCGCUUGUUGACCGGCGAGGACUCGGCCAUUCAGUUGGCCAAACUUCAGUCGGAAAUGAGCAUGCUAGAAAGCAGCCCUACGCAUCAGGCCGAUACGGCUGCGCUCCAUCAUCUACUCCUUGAGAUCAAUGCCGUUUCGGGCAAUGCUCCGGGUCCGGUAACCCUCGCCCUGUAUCUAUGUGUUCAAUCUGAAGCCGGUGCCCUGAGCCCUCUGUCCGAAGCAUACCACCUCUAUAUCCCGUCUCCCGAGAAGUUCGCCAGCAUGGGGCAGAGCAACAAGCUGAAGACGCUCUUCACCGAGUUGAGCGGCAAUGACAUCGGCGACGAUUCGGCGAAUGGACCCAGUCUGUAUCUGGUGGUUGCGGUUCGGGCCACGGAGACUGCUUCCUCCACGGCAGCUUCGUCCCAGCCAAGGCCGUCAGUCUCCCGGGAAGGCUCCUCCGCUUCCAAGCAAUCGCCAGCACUCAAUCCAUCGGUCAAAGGCAGCCUGAAGACGCGCCGUAGCAUGAUGUGGUCAUCAAAGCCGCGCGGUAUUCAGAGUGCGGAGCAGGGAAGACAGAGUCCUCGAGGCCCUCCGCAGUCUUCAGAGAGUACGUCGAGCAACAGGGAUCGAACGGCGGGUCAGUCUGCAAAGGAGUCCACCCAGACUCGCACGGUAGGGGUCGGUCUUCUGGAGGUCUCCCAGAUCCUUCGGCAAGACAAAGACGCUGAGCAAGUGAUAAAUAUCUGGUCACCUUCCGAGGAAAGCGAAGACGGCGACGGCCAUACGGACGGGUUCGAUGAAUUGGUGCGGACGUUGCUUCCCAGCCGCACUGGGAAAUACGUACGAUCCCAGCGUGCCGCUCGCCUUCAUAUUCACCUGCAACCUUUUGUAGCCUCUGACUCCGACGCUCUGGUGUGGCAAAACCCGACGAUCAUGCACAACGUUGCCCAGACCAGGAGAAUCGGGUUCUCCCAGGCUCCCUCGAAACCAAGAUCCGAUAUUUAUGUAUCCAUCUCACAGGCCUCGUUCCCCCCGGAAGCACUCCUUUCACAUCCCCAGGCGGGGCAAGUGCCGAUACCCUCGAAUACGGCAUUCAACAACCUGCAGCUGACACUAGAGGUGCGGGCAUCGUCAGGGGCACGAAUUGAACGAUGUAUCUUUCCCUCAUCCAAUAACACAGCCCACACAGCAUGGCGGACCACCAUAGUUCAACGAGGCACUCCUUGGAACCAGACCAUCCGUCUAAACAUUCCUGCCGAGGAGAUUCCGGGAUCACACCUGAUCAUGAGCGUCGCGGAUGCUCCUGAGUUCCCCUUUGCUCUCGCUUGGAUGCCCCUCUGGGACAAUCAAGCUUUCAUGCGUGAUGGCCCCCAUUCGUUAUUGUUACAUGCCUACGACAAGCAUACUUCCACCAUUGAGAACGGCAAGGGUGCCUAUCUCACCUUGCCGUGGAGCUCACUUGGCAAGAACGAAUCCGCCAAAGACGAGGCAAUCACGGGACCAAUGGCUACUUUGCGUCUUGAGACUCACCUGUGUAGUACUGAGUAUUCACAGGACCAGGUGAUACUCAGCCUGCUCAACUGGAGGGAGCGGCCAGUGGACGAGGUAUUGGACACUCUGAAGCGGGUUCUCUUUGUUCCUGAGAUCGAGAUUGUCAAGCAGCUACGCGGUGUCUUCGAUGCUCUAUUUGGAAUCUUGGUAGAGAACGCCGGUAAUGAGGAAUACGAAGACCUGAUCUUCAAGAACCUGGUGACCGUGCUUGGUAUUGUUCAUGAUCGCCGGUUCAACUUGGGCCCGCUGGUCGAUAAUUAUGCCGACACCCAGUUCAACUUCCCCUUCGCCACUCCUUGUCUCAUCCGAAGCUAUUCACGCCUCCUGCAGGCCAAUUCGGAUCCUCAACAAUCACGCAGUCUCCGGGCAACAUUCAAGGUCGGAAGACAUGUCCUCAAAUUCAUUAUCAAUGCCAGACUGCAGCAGAAAGUGAAAGAGGAAGGCAUUGGCAUUACUCGGGUACAGUCGACUUUCAAUCGAGAUCUUCAUACAAUCUUCAAGUCGCUUGAAGUCCUCAUGAAAAAUUCCUCUCCGGCCAUGGUUGGAAGCAAGACGCUGGUGGUCCAACAUUUCCACACGUGGCUGCCGGAGCUAUCCAAGGUGCUUCCAAAGGACGAAAUCAUCAUGGUGGCUCUCAGCUUCAUGGACUCGUGCAAAGACGUGAAAGGCAUGCUCAUAUUGUACAAGUUGAUUCUGAUUCAGCAUUACACGCGUUUGGAGAUCUUUUGCUCGGGAUCGGAGAGGCAAAGCUUGAUCACGAGCUGCGUGGGUUGGUUGGCGCCUUACUGGGGAGCGACAGGCUCGGUAUCCGACCUUUACCGCGACCAAGUCCGCCUGAAUUGUGCGAUCGUGGCGGAGUUGUUGAGGGAGCCAAACCCAUACCUUUAUGAUUUCAUGCCGCAUAUUGUCUCCUCAUACUAUUCUAUCAUUCCUGAUGGGGUGGAUGAUACCGAAUACCUCUCGUUGCUGUUCAGCAAGUCCUUCCCGUUUCAGGUCAAAUUGUCCAAGAACACACAGAAGUUCGAUGAAGCCCUUGUGGAACUAUCUGCAAUUAUGGCUGCCAUGACAACGGUGACCAACCCUAAAAGGCCUCGACUCAAGGGUCUGGAGCUAUCCACCUUCCUCUCCCAGGCGUUCGAGGUCCAUACCUCGAUCCUGAAUUGUGAGCCUUACCCCGAGAGCUGGCUCAGUGUUCAUGUCUAUAACCACCGCGCCACCGUGAAAAGUCUUGAACACCUCUCUUCCAUCAUGAUUCAUAAGUUCCUUCCCUCGCCGGAUGAUGCCGAGAGCUUCGACACAAGGCUCUGGGAGAACUUCUUCAUGACCUUGCUCAAGGUCGUGUCGAGCGACGUUCUGGCUCUGGAGACAUUCCCCGAACAAAAGAGGCGCGCCAUCUGGAAGAUCGCGGGUGAUGUCCGGGAGCAAGGUGCAGACUUGUUGAACUCCAGUUGGGAGGCGAUCGGCUGGGAGACUACCGAUGAUGAGCGGGAGCGUUUCGGCCUGAAGAAACUUGGUGGUUACCAGGUGCAAUAUGUUCCCGGUCUGGUGGCCCCGAUCAUCGAGCUCUGCCUCAGUGUCCACGAGGGACUGCGGCACGUAGCAGUCGAGAUCCUGCGCACCAUGAUUCUCAGCGAAUGGAGCCUCAACCAGGAUCUCUCCAUCAUCGAGACAGAGAUCAUCUCCAGCUUGGAUAAUCUAUUCAAGACAAAAAACAUGAGCGAGGGCGUCAUCCAAAAGCUCUUUAUUGGAGAACUGCUUGAGCACUUCGAGGAGUGCGCGUCUUUUGACGAGGACUUGUCCAAUGCGGUCAAAGCCCUCAUUGUGACAGUGGACGAACUGCUGGAUCUCUUCGUUGCCUCUCAGGGUGGCUCCAUGGCUGAAAGCCUGCACACGCUGCGGCUGAUGGAAUACAUGAAAGACAUGGGACGAGAGGACAUUUUCAUUCGAUAUGUUCACGAGCUCGCCCAAGUGCAGGCUGAGGCGGGCAACUUUUGUGAAGCCGCCCUUGCGCUCCAGUUCCACGCCGACCUUUAUGACUGGGACCCUAAGCGGACGGUUCCCGAACUCCUGAACCCUGCUUUGCCCGAGCAGACGUGCUUUGAGAGGAAGGAAUCGCUCUACUUCACGAUCAUCCAAUACUUCGAGGACGCAAAGGCAUGGGCUCAUGCCCUGGUCUGCUACAAAGAGCUUGCCCAGCAAUACGAAGACACGAUGGUGGACUUCGCCAAGCUCUCACGGGCCCAAGGCUCCAUGGCCAGGAUCUACGACACCGUCUCGCGAGAAGAAAAACACUUCCCCCGAUACUUCCGGGUUCUCUACAAGGGGCUUGGAUUUCCGACAAACUUGCGAGACAAGGAGUUUAUCUUCGAAUGCGCACCAGGUGAGCGCAUGGCCAAUUUCGUGGAUCACAUGCAGCGAGAGCACCCCGCGGCGCAGAUUGUUUCCUCUGGGGAACCCCACGAUUAUGAGGGCCAGUAUCUACACAUUAAUCCUGUCAGCGUCUACCGAGACAUGAACCAUCCGGUUUAUCAACGAUCGAAAAUCCCGUCUUCGGUCAGGGACCAUCUUCUGAUUUCCGAGCCCUGCCGAUUCACCUCAACGUUGAAGAAACAUGUCCGCGGGGCGAAUGUUCAGGGACAGUGGGUCGAGAAAACCAUCUAUACCACUGCAGACCCCUUCCCGAAUAUCCUCCGCAGGAGCGAGGUGGUUAUCACCGAAGAGGUUGCAUUGUCACCUUUGCAAACCGCUCUUGAGCGCACAUGGCGUAAGACCCAGGAGUUGGCUCUCUUGCAGAGGCGAGCGGCAUCCGGUGAAGACUCGAGUCUUUCCAGCCUGACCGAGGCAUUGGACCAAUUGUUAGACCGCAACUCUUCCUCGACCAGCUGUGUGGCCGUUUAUCGUCAAUUCCUGUCCGAGACUCGCGCUGAGGACGAAAUUGAGGACACCCCAACGCCAGCCGAUCCCCUGAGAAACGCUCUAGCCGUCGCUCUAAUCGACCAUGCGCUAGCGAUCAAGCAUGCUCUUGCCAUGUUCCAUCGUCCUGCCCACCAAGCAACACAGGCCGAAUUAAUCCGCCGCUUUGAGGAUGCGUUUGCUCCCGAACUGUCUUCUCUCACCCCGAUGGCGCAGGACACGCCUCAGUUGACCUUGCCCUAUUCUCGGACUCCUUCCGUCAGUCGCAAGCCGCAGUCCCUGGCGCGAUCCACCAGCCCCGAGCAUGAAUUGAUCCGGUCGUCACGCCAAAACAGCCACAGCCGAAAGCAUUCCCAGAAACCCUCUGUUAGUCAUCGAAUCAGCGUGAUGAACCCCUUCAAACGCUCCAACCACGGAGCCAGUAACUCUGUUUCUACGGUCCAAGGGGUGGCGGCGUCGCAGCCAGCCGGCAACACCAAUGGAAUCGAGGAUUCCCACCGAGCGCCUUCGCGGGCCGAGACUUCACAAGAGCGCGAUGCGGAUGCGAUAACUGUCCACAGUCGAACCACCAAUCAAUCUCGAGACACGCAAUCGAAGCGGAGGAGCUUCUUCGGAGAGAAGCUGCAUAAACACACAUCGUCCUUGUCAGUCCCCGGUGGUAAUUCCGCCGAGAGCUCCUCGCAGCGAUCGCGAAGUGCCUCUCGAGAUGCGGCCGCAAAGUCCCAUGAAAGCAUCAAUACGCCUACGUCGCAGCAGCAGCCAAACGGGACAUCUGCGGGCGAACCAUCGGUCACAAGCCCUCGGUCGGGAUGGUCCACUAUCCCUUCGAUCAAAGACCACCCGCGACCCAUGACGCAGAGCAGUGCGACCUCCAUCAGAAGUCCCGAGAUUGGGAGUCCGAUUAGCCAAGCAACCGGGCAUUCUAGCGGCGGCGUGCGGGAUUCCGUCAUGAAGCGAUUCAGUCUCUUCAAGGGCCUCAAUCGGAAAGGCAGUCGUCUUGAUUUCCGGUCUGACUCCAAUGGAAUGACCGUCCACGAAGAGUGA